AUGAGCGACGAAGAAGCGAGCGAGAUUACAAACGCAGGCGAGCAAAAACUCGAAGGAGAUAUUGAAAAAGAAAUCGCUAAGUUAAAGUAUUUCUUAGAAGAAACAAAUGAAAUUAUUGAAGCGAAAGAUUACGAUGAAAUGGAAGCCAUAUACAAUCGCGCUGGGAAAAUAAUUGUCAAAAUAUCAGAGCUUAUUUCGCAAGCAGAAGAGUUGAAAAUCGAUAACGGAAAAACAACACGUACAGUCAGACAGUGGAAAAAGGAAACAAAGUCUAAAUAUUCAGAGCUGAUCGUAGACAACGAGAAAAUUGCACAACAACUAAAGGAAAAACAAGAAAAGGCUCAAGACGAAGCAGAAUUGCGACGAUUAGAAUUAAAAGAUAAACAAUUUCAACAAGAAGAACGAUGGCGGGCUGAAAUUCGAGAAGCACAAGAGGAUCGCGAACGACAUUUAUGGCAAGAAAAGCACGAAGCUGAAUUACGCAUGACGCAGAGAAAGAUAGAAAUGGAACAGACCGCUCGUUCAUCUACAGCGAAAUUACCAAAGUUGAAAAUAACACCGUUUAAUGGAACUCCCACAGAUUGGGUGCGGUUUGAGAAUAUGUUUCUAACACUUGUUCAUGAAAAAGCGAGUACAGCCGAAGAAAAAUACGGGUUUUUAUUGGAAAUGGUGAGCCCAAAGGUGAGGGAAAAGAUUGCUAAUUUGAAACCGGGUGAAGUUGGAUAUCUCGACACUGGCUCAGGUCGAGACUUUAUUUCACGCGAGGCUGUAAAGAAACUCAAUUUGAAUCCAACACAUCACGAAUCCCACGAGAUUGUAACCGUGACUGGCACCUCGACUCAAGCCAUGCCUAUUUUCCAAACAACCAUAAAUUCUCUUGAUGGGAAAGUACAUGAAGAUAUUGAAUUGACCGGUUCCAGACUCCAAAAUUUCACCACAGUUAAAAGACCAGAUAUGAACGAACUCAAGAAGAAAUACACCCAUAUGCAAGACAAAGGAUUUUACAUGACCAGCGAUGGAGAACAUCCAAUUCAUAUCAUACUCGGUGAUGGCACAUACAGCAGAAUUCGAACUGAGAAAGUUUACAAAGGUAAUCCUGGAGAUCCCUUGGUGGAAGAGACAACAUUCGGAUGGGUUGUUCAUGGUGGUGAGAAUUAUUCGAGCGAUGCCUGUAUGUACACUAGAGAGGUUAACGAUUACGAACAGUUAUAUAGUCUUGAUGUUCUCAGAGUUGAAGAUCGGGGUGAAAAUGACCAAAUGCAAGUGCUUGCUGAGUUUCGAGAGAACAUAACUAGACAAGAUGAUGGCAGAUACAAAGUCAGCAUACCAUGGAUUCCAGGGAGUAAGUUAACAACCACAAACGAACAGCAAAGCAGAAGACGACUGAGCAACGUGAACAAAAAGUUGGCGAAAGAUGAAAACCUGAAGCAAGAGUAUGAGAAGAUUAUCGAGGAUCAGUUAGCAAGCGGUGUGAUUGAGAAAGCCCCGGACGAGCCAUCAGGAGAGCGAGUGUACUACAUGCCACAUAAGCCAGUCGUAAGGCAAGAUGCAUCAACUACCAAAGUGCGAAUGGUUUUUGACGCGAGCUCCAAACCCCAUCCACUGGCAUCCAACAUUCAGAAAGCUUUCUUGCAGAUAGCAAUCAAAGAAGAAGACAGAGAUGCUUUCAGAUUUCUCUUUGAUCGCGACGAGAAAGAGGAACAUUUUCGGUUCGCGAGAGUUCCAUUUGGGGUUGAAGCCAGUCCAUUCUUACUUGGUGCGACAUUGGAAUACCACUACGACCAGCAAUCACCAGAAUUAGAGGAAACAGUGACUGCCCUUAGAGAAAACACGUAUGUGGACAAUAUUAUGCAAACGGGAAGUGACAUUGAUAAGUUGGAGAAGUUCAAGAAAGAAAGUCAAGUUGUUCUUGAGAGUGCAAGAUUACCAAUUCACAAGUGGGAGUCGAACAUCGAGGCAUUAGAGGAUGAGAACAUGCAAAAUCCUAGCAAAAUUCUUGGUCAUGUAUGGGACAAGCGAGCAGAUACUCUGGAAAUACAAGUACCAGCAUUACCGGAGACUAAAUCAGUUACGAAACGAAGUAUCUUGAGUCAGCUUGGCAAAGUGUACGAUCCAUUGGGAAUAAUAUCACCCACGAUGGCCGAAGGAAAACACAUUUAUAGAGAGGCUUGUGAAGAGAAAAAAGGAUGGAAUGCUGAAGUUUCGCCAGAAUUGAAGAAACAGUGGCACAAAUGGAACAAACAACUAAAGAACGUGGAAGUACCGAGGAGCUUAACAGGGAAUUCAAAAGAAACGAAGGCUAUAGAACUCCACGUGUUCGCCGACGCAAGUAACCUCGCGUGUUCGGCAGUAACCAUAGCGGUAGUUGAACAUUCUUCUGGAACGAUCAAAGGGUUGCUUACAUCGAAAUCCCGGAUUUCAAAAAGAAACACGUCGAUACCCAGACUCGAACUCGUAGGAGCUCACAUGGCUGCGAACAUGGCGAAGAAUUUACAUAAUGCUCUUAAACGACAACCUAUCAAGACCAUCGUGAUCUGGUUAAAUAGCAUGGUGGUACUUUACUGGUUAACCAAUCCAGGGAAACCUUGGAAGACGUUUGUUUCAAACCGAAUCAAGAAGAUAGCUGAGAUAACCAGCGAGCUCGGUAUCGUUUGGAAGUAUUGCCCGUCAAAAAAGAAUCUCGCAGAUCUAGGCAGCAGAGGAGCAACCAUGGAAAGAUUGCAAAACGGAAGCUGGUUCAACGGUCCAGAUUGGUUAUUAGAAAAAGAACAAUGGCCAGAACAACCAAUUUUAAGAGUAACUACAUCUGUCAGUCAAGAAUGCAAACCGAUUAAAGAGCAAGCACUGUUUACGAAAGAACGAGAGCCAGACGAAUGGGACGCUUUGCUAGAAAGAAAUACAUACUGGCGUACACUGCGAGUAACAGCGUGGGUGUUGAGAUUUCUAAACAACUGUUUGGCAAAAGUUCGUCGAAACCAGAAACAGUCGGGACCUCUUGUAAGCGAAGAAAUUAGUGUCGCAAGAUACGCUUGGAUAAGAAGAGUACAACAAAGUGUCAACCCUGAAUUACAAGCGCCUGGAUGGAGAAUCGUUGAAGACAAAGUAACGAAAGUUCUCAAGUGUAAAGGAAGAUUGCAAUAUCUGCAAGCUGUAUUCCACGAAGCCCUAUGGGUCACCGCUAACGAGCAACAUGCCCAGCUUUAG